AGACAUGAAUAUAUGCAAGUGACUCAACAUUACAAAUAAUGCCCACACACAUCACGAUUUAUACAGGCGAAUAUUAUUCCUGUGAGAAACGAAGACGACAUAAAAAAACGUUUUCAUUCAACAGCAUGUAUUGAAUAGAACACGAAUUCCCAGAGUCCCUUGUUCUGAAAGUUUCUUGCGUCACUGGUGCGACGAAAAGCUGUUUCCAAACAAACCAAAUUCGGUACAUGAUGGACAUGGAACGGCCGGACGACUGUACUCUAUCCCAACCUGCGUCCGCACCUCAUUCUCAAUCAAAGAGGCCAAAUCAGGCUUUGUACGUCCCUAAACAACGGCUUCACAGCUCCAAAGACAAAGCUCACACUCCGGCAGAAGUUAAAGCAAGACCAAGGCCUCGCUACACAGACAAGGCCAGAAAGAAUGCUAAGAACAAGAAGGACAAGGCCGGAGCAGCGUCGAUGGCAGCAGCCGUUGAUGGAGGAGAUGCUGGUGAUAUGCAGAACAAUGACAGCAAGCCUGAUAUAAAUGAAGAGCAGCUACAAGAUGGACAGGUGGUGGCGAAUGGGCUGCCAGAAUUGACUGAUGGUCACCCAGAUGUUAUCUCACAGCUGGAAGAAACAUGCCUUCAAGAUGAAAAGGGGGAAGAGGAGAGCUGGGACUCUUUGUUUAAUGAUGAUGGUGAUUGUCUGGAUUCCCACCUACUUGAAGAGUUGGCCAUUAAGGAAGGUAGAAAGAAGGAGUCAAUCCAGGAGGCCAGGUUUGAUUACUACAGCAUGGACCGGGAUGAAGAUGAUGAUGACAUUGACCUCACAGAUGAUGAACUGUCUCACAUUGUGGAGAUCUAUGACUUCCCUCCUGAAUUUAAAACUGAGGAUCUUCUCAAGUUGUUCCAGUGCUACCAACAGAGAGGCUUUGACAUUAAGUGGAUUGAUGACACACAUGCUCUGGGCCUCUUCUCAAGUCCUAUAUCAGCCCGGGAAGCUUUAAGAUCUAAACAUCCACUCAUGAAACUGCGACCACUUUCUAAAUCCUCUUCUGCUAUAAAGUCCAAAGCCCGUAGCUGCUCAGACUACCUCUUGCCUGCUAAAGAGAGACCUCAGACGAGUGCAGCGCUGGCUCGCAGGCUUGUGAUUGGAGCACUUGGAGUGAAAAGCACUUUGACCAAGGAGCAGCGUGAGGCAGAGAGGAGGAAACUCAGUGAGGCAAAAGAGCAAAAGCGUCUGGCAGCCAAACAGAGAGAAGAUGCCUGGGAGGGGAAGUGAUUGGAUAGAAGACAAUCCCCCACUAAGUCUGUUAAGAUUUUCCGUCUUCUCUGUGAAGUUAUGUGGAAACUUCCCGAGAACGUCCCCCUCAUACUAAAUUCUUUGAGUCAAGAGUUUGGGUUUUGUUUCUCCUUCCACCAAACCUCUCAGACUCCUCUUCCAGUUUUUUCUGACACAGUUCAUAGUUCGAUCAAGCAGGUGUUGCACAGUGUUUUAUUUGGACUCAUUUUCAUACCUGUGACAUUAUAACUCCGGUGUGUAGGGAAACAAUGAGUCUGUUUAUUCAUAAUGAAAAAAUUGAUUAGUUGUGUGUUUUUUUUGUGUUUUGUGUGGUUUCAAAGUAAACAUUACUACUCUUUUAGUGGCAAAAUUUUGUAGUAAAGUUUUUUCAAAGCUGAGAAUCUGAGAAGACUGUUUAGGUUGAUUGCACCUGACUGACAUCCAGCCAGUUUUGUUUAGUCCCUAUUCAGGAUCACAAUUAUUCUCCCCAUGUCUCUUCUGUUUAUGAUCUAAACACAUGCUUUGUGUUGAGCUCUUGAGUGUACACAUUUAGAGCUGCAGGAGUCAUCUUUCCAAACAGAACCGAUGAUGAUGAAGAAUGGUUGCCAUUUAUGGUGUCAGACAAAUGUAUGUAUGCUUUCCAUGGACAUGGUGUUUUUGUCCUCCUGUUUGCAGUAGUUAAAUUGAAGUCGUACUGUAUGGGCUUGAUUUAGAGAUAAAACGCACUGAGACACAGGAGUAAUGCCACUUUAUCCAUGUUACACAACGACAGUGAUGUGUUCUGCCACAUCAGUGCGACUACUCCCUCAUUCUUCCAGCUUAAUUUGUCAUCUAACAACAUCCACUUAAGAUAUAAGGAGCAAUUUUUAGUUCAUUGUCAAAGCUACGUGCUGGCUUCCACUCCAGUGUUACAUAGUCCUCUAGUACAUAUUGGGAAAAUUCUGCUACACUGGGAUUUACCACAAGUCUUUUGAAAACCCUUCAGAUAAAAAAAAAAACAACUGGUGGUCAAUCUCAGUUGGCUGUUUUUCUUUAUUCCUAGAAAGUUGAGGUUUUCACUAGACAGAGGAUGUUUAUUUAAUUACAUUUCUAACCACUCAGCUUCUCAUUCUCAGUCAAUAACUUAGAGAAAGAGUUGCACAUUUGGACUGACUGAACUUAAAGCUGUUAAAUGGCCUCAUGAGCAUCCACUGGUUAUCUAAGGAGUUAGCAGUUGGUUUAAAAGGAUGAUUCAUUCUUCAUAUAGAUAAUUCACUCAGUGAUAUAAAUAAUUUGCCACGCAGCUCAGUGGAAGCAACAUUACAUGCCUAGUUUUUGUGUUAAGGUCUUUUCAAAUCACUUUUUAAGUAAUGGUUUGACAGAGUCGUAUUUGUAGAUGUUAAAACCUCAUUCUGUUUUAUUUGUUGAUAUCUCUUUACAGAGAUGAUAUUUCUGUAUUGUACAGCCCAUUUUAAAUCUAAGAAGUGAUGAUGUAAUGUUUUUAAAAGAUUUUUGUCACCAGUAAGGCAAAGGAGUAAGCAGCAAGACAAAGGAGGAUGUCUCAUGGUAAUAUAUAUAAUACUGUAUGUUGAUGUGGUUAUUAAUUCCUGUGGCCCAGCGGUCAUUAAUACUCACAUUUCUUGCAGAAAUGUGCAAUGAGAUUUAAAUGUAAGUACUCUAGAACCUGUUACUUAAUUAUUCUUCCUUGUUCUUUUGUCUCUUAAUGGCACAACUAAAGUGUAAAGACACAACA